AUGGGAGUGGUACACUCCGCUUACAACUACGUCUUUCCGCCAGAUCCUGUGGAGAUUUACAACCCUGGACUGGAAGAUCGCAUCAACCACGCCAAUGAUGCGGUGGAAAGUGCCUUCCAGGAUAUGUCCGAGACCUUCGCCGCCAUGAAGUCCCUGAUGCGGAAGACGCAGUCCGACUGGGACACGUAUUCCAAGCCGCUGGCCAAAUCGUGCCAGGGAAUCAGAAAAGAAUUGGUGCGUCUUGCUCAUGCAAGUCCACAAUGUUUGGAUGCGCAGGAGCGAAUCUUGCCCCUUCUUUUCAAGAAACGCGCCAAGACCGGAGGAGAGAUCGAGGGCUGUGCCCGGGGCGAUUUGCCCUUUGCCAUGGUGCCUUCGAAGUGUCAAUGCAUCGCAGGCAAUGAGGCCAAAGGUUGCGACUCAGAGGUGGAUGCCGAUCACGUGCUGCGGUGUAGUCACUUGCGCCGCAGGAUUCUACCAGCCAUGAAACUGGAUCAGCUCUACGAGGGAGACGGAGACUGCAACAUCUCAAAGGAGGCUUCGUUCAACAAGUCUCUACUCCAAGACGAAGAACCCAGAGAUUUCGAGGUGCGUGCCUCCAUGCCGACUCUUCCCCUGGAUCCACUUCCCAAGCAGGACCUGCGACAACGAAGGGCUGGCUUUCUCUGA